UGCACCGGUAUUGACUUCCGGGUAGAUUUGGAAUUUUGCAAACUUUUAUUGUUUAUCUCUUAAAAGGGUUGUCACUCAUUAGUCAUCGCAUGCAAACGCAUACAACUGAUAGGUUGGUCACACACAAAAGGCCAGAAUGCUUCAACAGAUCUUGCAAGACAUGUUCAUUGAGCCUGACCUGCUGGCGGAACUCUCAGAUGAACAGAAGCAAAUACUCUUCCUUAAGAUGAGAGAGGAACAAAUAAGAAGAUGGACAGAAAAAGAAGAAAAGCUUGACCAGGAGGAGAAGAAAAAGCCAAGGAAACCUAGAAAACCAGGUGGGAAGCAAGUAGACUUUCUGCUGGGUGCUGACGGGAAAGAGUGGGUAUGGGUGAUGGGGGAUCACCAAGGGGACAGGUCAAUAGAGGAAAUCUUGGAGGAGGAGGCACAUCGGAAGGCAGAAGAACAGGCUCACAAGGAGGCAGAGGCCCUCAGGCUGAAACAAGAGGAAGAAAUCCAUAGAAAAAUUGAAGAGGAAAAAAGAAAACUGGAAGAAGAAAAAGAGAAGGAAAAAAGGCGUCUGGAAGAGGAGGCAUUGUACCAGUCUAUCAAGGAGGCCCGACUUCAGGCACAGAAGGCAGAGGAGAGGAACCGCCUGGAACAGGAGGAGAGAGAGAGGCUCAAGAAAAUACAGGAUGAAGCUGCAGUUGAGCGACGUAGAUCCCUGACCAAGAUAGAGGACAAAGAAAAGCGCCGUAGCAAUGAGAUCUACAUCCGAUGGAAAGAGAUGAGACGACAGCUGGACAUGGUUGCAGAGGAGGCCAGCAAGGAGGUCGAUAAAAACUGGCGUGAACAGGAGCGGAAGGCUAAGGAAGCUGAGGAGCAGAUGAAACAGAUUGCCCGCCGUGCACGAGAAGAGAACCGUCAGUCAAUUACACGUGCAUCACAGCUCAUCAUCAACGCUAACCGGCUCAUGUCUGGUCAAAAACCACCCCUACCUCCAAAAACCAAUGCAGUGAUAGAUAAGAAUCGGCAGCUACGUGAAGAAGCCCGUAAAUUGCGUCCUGCCCGACCGCCCAAUUGUGAGGCAGUGAUUACUUGGUUCCAUCAGGAGGAGAAAGGUCGCAAGUCUGUGAUUGACCCCAACACGGGCAGACCUGAGGAGUGGUUCCAUGGCGUAAUAUCUCGGAUGGAUGCUGAGAAAUUGCUCCUUGAGAAGCCACUUGGCUCGUACCUGGUUCGUGUUAGUGAAAAGGUGUGGGGUUACACUAUCUCGUACCGGGCCAUUGACCGAUGCAAGCACUUCCUAAUUGACGCAACUGAGGAGGCGUACCAUUUCUUCGGGCCUAAUCAGCUACCACACAAUAGUAUAAGAGAUCUAGUUAAACAUCAUAAGAUUAAUCCAAUCACGAUGGUGGGUGGGGAGCUGUUGUUGUAUCCGUGUGGUCAGAUAUGUGACCCUCCUGACUUCUGGGAGCUCUUCUCCAACAGAAGGACCGAGUCCACCUCUCUGUAGCACACUGCCAGGAGUGCUGUAUUGGGAUAGCAUCACCAUGUGCUCAAUCUGAUAAGUGGAUAAUAGGCAUUUAAGAUGUGAUGUCCAUGAAAAAUGUGUAAAGUGCUGUAAAGAAAUAAGAAUCUUGUAACAACAAGAUAAUCAUACGGUAAUGAUGAAUGCAGUUGUGGGCAUUUGUUUUUGUAUGUGUAUUGUCUAAAACACUUUCAGUCAGAGGUGUUGUGUCAAAUGAAAACAGAUGUGAAGAUAUUCAAAGCAUCUGGUUAAUGAAAGAAUACAGUAAUACAGUUGUGGAGUAUUAGCAAGUCUUAAAAACUAACAGAUAUUGGUAUGCUUAAAUUUUGCUUAGUAAAAGUGAUAUUAUGGUAUAAUCAAAACCUUUUGUAGAAAUUUACUUUUUAAUCACAUUUUGAUUUUCUAUAUUUUUGAUAUUUUAUGGGAUAUUUUUUACAAGUCUUACAUCUUUAGUAGUAUAGAAGCACACAUUUAUGUGAACUGUUCAUUUUAGCAAAAUAUUCAAAAUCGAUUGUUUUAAAAUUUAGAAGUUCAUCUUGGGAUAUUUGUGUGUUUUCAAGUAUUUCAGUUCAUAGCUUCAGACAUGAUAACUUUGUAUUAUGUACUACUAAUGUCGACAGUGUGUUCUACCUUGACUACAUUUAGGGGUUAAGUCUUGUUUUAAAAAGGACAGGGGGCUCAAAAAAGAUGGACAGGGUGUUAAAGGAGAAAAGGCCACAUUGUGUCUGGCUCUGAAGAACUUGAACAUUGUGAUCUUGACAAAAUAUGUUUGGCAGUGUGUUUAAUUGAAGAAAUUAAAGGUACAACUGCCAAAAAUGUUAAGGUAAAAGUUUUAAUCUCGGUGAGGGCAGAUGUGUGCUGCUAAAAAGGACAGGGUGUCCCCUUUAAAAUUCUUAAACUUAAACCCUGCAUCACUACUAAAGUAGUAGUUUCGAUACAUAGGACAUAAUUGUUUAAACACGACACCAUUAUGUUGGAUGUUGUCAAAUCUCAAUGAAAGUUGUGCUGACAAUAUUUGUUAUAUUAGACUAAUGAGGCUUUAAAUGCUUUUAUUAUGUGUUAACUGAACAUACACAAAUGUACUAGUACAUGCUACUUACUAGUUUUGCUAAAGGUAUUAUAUAACACAGAAGAAGCAUAGCAUUUGAAUGUUGAAAAACCCUUACAAAAUACAUGUAAAUCCUCAAAAAUACAAAGGCCAGAUAUAUAGCAGUCAAAGGCUUUGUUGAAGUUUGUUCAUUAAACAACAUGAUGCUGGAAGAGCUAACAUAAUCAGUAAUUCAGAAACAUUUCAUCUUUGAUCUUACUUUUGUCUGAUUUUUCUUGUCGUUUUUGGUGUCAUUUUAUCAAGGUACUUAUGGUCUACCUAGUUUUAAUUAAACACUGACAUUCUUUGGCAUUUUUUCCCAUAAAUGGUAGUUAGAUAUCCUCUUUCCUUAAUUAUCAUGUACAAUGUUGGUGUUGCUGAUCAAUUUCCCUGGGGUGUCUUGUUUUUAUUCAGUGAUUGUUAUAGUAUUACCUUCUAGUCUGAACAUUCAAGGCUGCAAUAUAACCUCAUCUUGCGUAUUUGUUGUUUUAUUAUUAUGUUAGUAUAUUUUGUACAACUUUGUUAAAGCCUGUUUCUACACAUCAAUGAGUUUUGUAUGAUCGAAUGACUUUCUUUGAUUUAUUUUUGUCAAUCAGUCAACAGCCAGUAGAAAACUUGUCACAAUGUUUGCAUAUUCAUACCGGAAACUGAAACAUGCGUUACUAAGCAACAAGUUUGGGCAAAACUAAAAUAUCGUUAUCAGAACAGGCUAGAGAUGAUAUAUCAUAAUAUAAAAUAAACAUAAUCUGUCUUCAGUUUUGGGGCAAUAUAAACCUUAAGGUCGGCGGUAAACAAAUAAAGAUUGGAUGAAAAUUCUCUUUCACGUACUAAUUUCAAGCUCUUAAAAUAAGUUUCACUAACUCUACAUUUUGCAAAUCGCAAAACAUUGCUUCUUAACGAAUUAUUACAGUAUAUGUAUCCAUGCUAUUUUAUUGAACAUCUUGAUCUAUAAAUACUAGAAUCUGAAUUUUUGGGAAUAAAAUGUCCCAAAGAGUAAGGGGGUAACUUAAGAAUUUCCACUCUCGAGUCUGUUAAUGUGCAAGUUGUGUGUAAAAUGCAAGGUUCAUUUGUGCCAUCUUAGUUUAGUAAAUAUUUUUCGUCAUCGCAAAAGUUAAGUUUUAUUUUUACCAGUAAGCCUUGGAUAAGAUUAGCUCAAUUUUAAGUAUUCCUUGUUUUAUUUUUAUUUUGCACAUUAGAUGUGUUUGUAUAAUACUUGCAUUUUUAUUUCUUUUAUAACUUUUACAUUUGACUUUAUAUAAUAAAUAACUUCACAGCAUGACUUUGUUUAUAGCUUAGAUUAUUUUUAUUACACCUCGCUGAAAUAGUUUAAAGUUGCCUUUUAAUGUUUUAGUCAGGAUUUUAAAGUUGAUUUGAUACACAUUUAUGCUUUUAGUUUCUCUGAAAUGUAUUUUACGUCAUGUACAUAUUUGUUUAAUGUGAUCAUAUAAUCUUUGUGAUAUCUUAUCAUGCAGUGUAACAAUAUAUAUCUAUAUAUUCUUAUUUUGUAUUUUAUAAUACUUUGUAUUCAUGUUUCCACUGGUAUAUUUUGAUUUCAAUUUAGUGAUAACAGGAAUAAUGUAUGUACAUUUUAUAAUAUACUAAAUGGUAGAACUCUUUUUCUAUGUUUUUACAGACUUGUCUACUAUAAUUAGUACAUUAGGGCUGUCAAUGUCUGGAAGCAUAGGAAUUUUUACAAAUGUUUAAACAAAACCAGUAGUUUUUAAAAGAAUUUUAGAAUGUUUAAGAAUCAACAUGUAGAAUCUCUUAAUCACCUUCCAGUAAUUUGAAAAUAGGAUGUGUACAUGUUUGUUUUAGCAUUUAUUAAGGAAUGAUAUGCAUAGUAUUUAAGUUAUGGGAAAUAGUUUUCUGUCAGUUACUCAUUUUAUGUGUUCAUCUUUGGAUCUUCAUGUGCAGUUUACAUAUGUACAUGUAUGUAUGUAUGUGUGUGUUUAACAAUUCUAUUUCAAAUGUACUGAUAUUAGUUAAGUUUACUUGUAUAUGUAUGGUUAGUUGGUCUGUAAGAGUCUUAAAGAAUGGUGUUUGACCACUAUAACUUCUGCAUGGUCGUUAAAGAGACUCAUUCACACUUUAUAAGGUCAAUCAUAUAUUUUUUUAAUGGUGUGAAAUAUGACUUAAGUGCUGGUUUCAAAGAAAAAACUUCAAUAACAGUUCAAAUCACAGCUCUUUAGUUAAUCUUUUCUUUAAAAUGCCACAGAAAUCUCUAUUUGACCAAAGGCGUUAAUAACACAAUUGAAUAGUUAUAGUCUUGAUUUACAAAAUUCUAUUGAAAUUAGUUGUACAUACUUUAUACAACUUUAUUUCAACAAAGCUCAUAAAAGAGAGCAUUUCCAACACAAAAUCUGUGAGUGAGUCUGUUUAAUGAAUUCAUACAUUUUAUACAUACAAUGUAUGGCAACUACCAUAACAUGUACAUUAUCUCAUUCACAUAUCGAUGUUGUUUAGGUCCCAACAUUUUCAAAAAUAUUGCAAUAAAGUGGUAGAGCUUCACAGCGAGAGUGGUUUCAAUGGUGAUAGUUUCUGCAGGCUACAUGUACAACUAGAAUUUGCUUUUAUAGAUUAUCCAGUGUUACAUGAUGGUGCUAAAAUUAAUUUUCUGUCAUAAUAACAUAUCAGUUUGGUUGUAAAUAUUUUCUUGGUCUCUGGGAUAAUGAUCCCUAUGGAUCUUUAGAAACACAUUAACUAUUUUACAUUCAGUAACUUUACGGAGAUGGUCCUAUCGAUAUAUUUUUAAAGGUCAGUUGUCACCGAAGGACCAGUCAGGCUAACAUUUUUGCUUUAGAUUUAUUAGAAAUAUGUCUUGAAAUAUUACCUGUUUCCUAGUAAUUAAGUGCACUUAAGUAUUUGGGUGGAAAUAUUUAUUGCCUUAAGAUCGUUAAACUUUGUUGUUCAAACCGUAGGCAUACCAGUGUCUUAUUUCAAAUUUUCUAGUAGUUGUGAUUUUCUUUAACUAGAAAUAAUGUGAUCACUAAUGUUGUUAUGUUGAACUACAACAGAAUACUAUAUAUAUCUUAUAUAUUUUGUUGAAACUAUUUUACAAUAAAUUAUAUGCAUGUG